CAAGCAGGCGGCGCGGAAAGGCCCCCCCUCACUUGAGGGCCUACCCGCGGCCCAGACAUGGCCGAUCUGACUCCAGCAUCGACAGGCACGCCAACGCCAGCUCCCGUCGCCGGCGGCAGUGACGGCGGUGGCGGCGGCAGCGGCGUGUUGGCCCAGGAACGGGAGCGCGCGGCGUUCCGGCAUGGCCUCAUGGAAUUGUCCCGUUGCCUGGCUCACCUUCAGCCGACGCCAUGGACCAAGGUGGCCAAGGUGAUGGCCGCCUGCCCCGUGGAGUUGUCGCGCGGCGUGUUCCGCAUCGACCAGCGGGGCCAGGACGCCGUGGUGUCGCUCUGCGUGUACCUGGUCGAGUCGGGCUUCCAGCACCGCGAGCGAAUCGUGCCGUACCUGAUCAAGCUGCUGCGCGGCCUGCUCAAGGCGAGCUUCGUCGAGGAGGUCAAGUACGAGCCCGACGAGCGGUUACCCGUGCGCGAGCGCUUCUGCUUCCUGCUGCAUACGGUGCUGUCGGACGUCGCCCACCACUGCGACGAGCUGGGCGAGGAGGUCACCAACUGCCAGCUCGACUUCCUCGGCGCCCUGGUGCGAAUCUGCGCCAGCGCGCACGCCGCAAGCUCGGCGAGCCCGGAGCCCUCGAGCACGGCAGCCGCGCUCAACGUCAAGGUCGGCCAAACAGUGGCUCCGCUGAUCCUCGGAACGUGCCGCGCGCUGGGCCGCACCAGCCCCGAAGCGCCGUUCCUCAUCUCCCAGAUCUUCCCGGCACCGGAGAAGGUGGACUUCAUCGAGGACGAGCUGGGCGUCGAGAACUACGCCAAGAAAAAGAAGCGUGCCGAGACGUACAACCCGGUCAUGGUGUCGCGACGCGCCAUGGUCGACUACUGGAUGGCCAAGGCGUGUCGCGGGGGGGCGCGCGAGCGCCGCGAGGGGCUGCUGCCGUACGAGAACAUCACGACGCCCAUCGCGUUCAAGGCGUCCACGUACCUGUUCCGGACGUUCGGCUCGAGCUUCAGCCUCAUGCGAAUCAUCGCCGAGCAGCCCGAGGUCGCGCGCAGGAGCCACGCGAGGUUUUCGGCCAAUAAGAUCCAGGUGAUCCUGGCGUACGCUGACCGCAUCCUGUCUGACGAGAUGAUCGAGUACCUCGACCAAUGCGCCAUGGAAGCCUACCAGAGCGGCCAGAUCACCGUGAACCCGUACCUCUCGUUCGGCGAGGUACUCAAGCUCGUUUGGAUCACACUGCUCUACGAGCUGCUUUGCUCUUACACGCUCGCCGACAAGGAGGAGUGGAAAACUAACUCCCCACUCUUCUGUAGCCUCGCCAAGGACAUCCAGAAGCUUGCCAAGCACUUAUUCCUCGCCGGCCAAAAGGACAUACAGGUGAGGGCGUACGACGCGAGCGAACAGGAGCAGAAGGAUAAUCAGUACACGUGCGUGCAUCGGUUCCGCGCCAGCGUUCAAACGGUGGCCACGUGCGUGGACAUCCUUGUCUGGGCCGAGGUGGACGAGAACGGUGCCGACCUGCUCUGCGGCAAGCUCGCCGAGAAGCUCAACGCUGCGCAUGGUCUCAAGCUUGCACUUGGUCACCUGCCCAUCCUUAUCAGUUGCUUGAACGGCAUCAGGACGCUAGCCGAGAUGUUUCCCCUGAUCGUGGAUGGUUGCAUGCUUGCCGCGCGCGACUUCCUGGGCGCCCCAGCACCAGUCCUGCUCAAGCUUUACCAGUGCAUGGAAGAGCUCGUCAGCGGCGACAACGCCGGCGUCAGAACCAUCUGCCAGGCGGCGCUCCGACAGGUGCGCGACGCAGGCAUCGACUGCCUGUGCGGAGUGCUUCGGGUAGGCAUUGAGCGAGACCCCGAGAUUGUGCAGGCGUACCUGGCUUCUGCUUCAAACCGUCUGUUCCAGGCCGAAAUAAGCGGCGGCGAGGGAGCGCUGAUCGCCAUCAACACGGUGAUGGCGUUGGGCAAGAUGGCGGUGGCUCUGAGGGGCACGCCCAGGACCGAAAAGUCGGUGCUGCAGUUCUUCCAGCAGCGCUUCUGCAAGCCCCCUUCAACGCUGGACACGCUCAUCGUGGACCAGAUGGGCCGCAUGCUGGUCGCCAAGGUGGACAGGUCUGUCAGGGACGAGAUCAUGAAGAUGCUAACCAUGGUCACGCUGGUCUCCAACUCCAUGCAGGCCAAGAUCGCCGACGCCGGCCUCAAGUUUCCCGGCUACAAGCACGUCGCGUUGCCCGUCAUCAAAGUCCUUGUCAAGGUAGCCUCGGGCAUUGACGGGGCCGACGAGAAGCUCGAGCUGCUCAGCACUCUCCUCGAGCUCUUCGUGCAGAUCGGACUCGACGGGUGCCGCUACUGCGAGAACCAGCUAGCAUUCAAGGACUCGGGCUGCGCCGCCAACAUGGGCAUUCUCAUACCUGUCAUCUCGGCGUUGGUGCAACGCAUGGACCCCGUGGUGGGUGCCAAGCCGAGGAUGCACAAACUGUUCUGGGACUUCUGGCUUUACGCCUCGCUCAUGGGCUUCACCGUGCUGUCUGGCGUGUGGCCCAUAGACUGGUACUACGGGACCGCCGACAUCGCGCUCAAGUCACCGAUCCUGGUGUGCAAGGAACACCUGAGACCCAUCCUGCAGUUCAACAACCCCGUGCGCCACGAGACCUCGGCCAUCGUCGACCUCAACGACGUCAAGUUUCAGCUGCUGAAGGAACUCAAGGGAGGCACCGAGAUCAGCACCAUACUGUACAAGAUGAACUUCCAGCAGGCCACCUAUCUGCUGUCGGUCAAUGACCUGGAAGCGCUGAGGAUCCAGAACUCGGUGUCCACCAAGACCCCGUACCAGACCAUGAUGCAGUACCUCGAAUUCCCGCUCAUACAGAAGGACAAGGGUGGAAUGUUCAUAUGCAUGUCGGCGGUUGCCGAUAAGGUCUUCGACAUGUUUCUCGACGUGAUGCAGGACAAACCCAAGCACCAGGAGCGCGAAACCGAGCUGGAGGAGGCGUUUGUCUUUCUCCUUGUGAAGUUCGUCGACCCCGAGAAGCAGAUUCGGCGUGUAGCCGACAAGUUUAUUUCGAACUUCAUCGAUCGCUUCCCACAUUUGCUGUGGAGCCGCAAGGUCCUCUGGGCCAUGCUCGACAUCUUGCAGGCGCUGGCCUACUCCCUGGAACUCGACGCCAACGAGACCGGUCAGGAGGUGAUAGUCCCCUUCACGCCGUACUCGAUCACCCUGACCGACACCAUGGACGGCCGGGAGACCAUCGUACGCGACCUGGCCGCCCAUUGCCAGGGCAUCGUCCAGGAGGCCGUCAAGUGGGCCCCCAUAGCGACUCGCUCCCACCUCCAGGAGUACAUGGUCACCAACUCGGAACUGGUAGAAGCGCUGACCCAGCACACGGGCGUCGGGCUGGCCAUCGAGAGCAUCAUGCUUUUCGCGGGCCUCAAUGCCAGUUCUUCGCCCCAGUCGACGUCCCUGCUGGAGCGGUGGCCGGCUUGCGUGAAGAAGGACUACUCCGAGUUCGUGUGCUCCAUGGAGAUUCGCUGCCGGUACUCGGGCGAGGUGGCAGGCCUGCUCAUGAGCUCCAAGAACACGGAUUACACGAGGAAAGAGCUCGCGGCCAAGCUGCUCAACCAGCUGCACACCAGCUGGAAGACGUCCAACAAGAAGCUCCACAAGCGGUGCAUCUUCCGCAUCUGCGCCCUGCUGGUCAGCAUGAAGGGUCUCGACCGGAGGCUGCUGCGGGCGCUCUGCUGGUCGCCCGUCGAGUACUUCUCUGAGGAGCCCACGCGCAAUGCCAUCUACUGCUGGCAGUGGCUGCUGGCGGCCAAGCCGGAAGAGGAACUGCGCUUCCUGCACGAGAUGUCCAACGCGUGGCAGGCGACGGUCGAGCGAGAGCUGGGUAUCUUCUCGAAGGACCCCGUUCAGACGGAUCCGUGCGCCGUGGGCGAGAAGAGCGACCUGCGCCCAAAGGCGCCGUACAUAGCCCCGCACGAGGUGUGGGUCAACUUCAUCGUCGAGAAGAUCGAGUCGGCAAAGUUCAGCAGCCAGGCCGAGAUAGAGAUCUUCACCAACCUCAUCUACCGCUCGUUCUCGCCCACCAUCGGCGACGAGAAGUUCAGCUGCCGCCACAUCUCGGUGGUGGGCACCCGGUUCAACCUGCUGAGCAGCGCCGUGUCGCUGCUGCAGAGCGACGCCGACGCGCUCAGCAGUCAGAUGAUCCGCAGCAUCCUCCGGGAGCGCAUCUACUCCGCCUGCCUGGACUACUUCUGCGGCCCGCAGCUGUACCCGACCGAGCGGGGCGGGAAGCUGCGCGAGAACAUCCUCAUGAUGGUCAAGUUCUGGAUGGCGAUGCACAACGACAAGAAGUUCCUGCGCCGAACCAGCUUUGGCAGGGAGAUCGUGGGCAACCAGCUGUCCAAUCGCAGCCAGGGGUCGUCGGCGGGCAGCUCGGCGACCGAGAGUGGUUACACGCAGGCCGAGUCGUUCCCCACGACACCCGCCGGCUGGCAGCAGCAGGGUUACAGCCGACCGUCGACCGAGAGCUCGACGACGACGACGCGACAGACGACCACGACCACCACGACGUCGCGGGAGAUGCGCGAGACGCCGCUCAUCUCGGACACGGCGUACUCGAAGGAGUACCUGCGCAAGCGUUCGCUCAUACUGGCGCUGCUGUCGGUGGAGAUAGAGUUCCUGAUCACGUGGUACAACCCGCUCUCGCUGCCCGACAGGGUCGUGCCCGGCGAGGAGAUCAUCAGCGCCUGGAGGAGCCAGCACAUCACCGAGCGGGGCUGGGUCGACAUGGCCCAGUGCGCCUGGAACCUGUCGCCCAUGCUGGCCGUCUACCUGCCAAGCCGCUUUCGGUCAUCCGAGGCGCUGCGCAACGAAGUCACCAGGCUGGUCCAAGCGAACCCCGACCUCGUGUGCCACAUGCCCGAGGCCCUCCAGUACAUGAUCACGCCCGACUUCGUGCUCGAGGACAACCCGGACCUAUCCUACCUGCAGGCCUGGGCGCCCGUGUCCCCCGUCAAAGUGCUCGCCUACUUCUCGCGCCUGUACUCGCCGCACCCGAUCACCGCGCAGUACGCCAUCCGGGUGCUGUCGGCGUGCCCGCCGGACGUGCUCAUGUUCUACAUCCCGCAGCUGGCGCAGGCGGUGCGAUACGACACCAUGGGCUACAUCCGCAACUUCAUCAUCACGUCGGCCAACAUCAGCCAGCUGCUGACGCACCAGUUCAUCUGGAACAUGCGCACCAACAUGUUCCGCGACGAGGACGGCCAGGAGAAGGACGUCGACCUGUACGACGUGUUCAACUCCAUGAUCGACACCAUGGUCAGCAACCUGACGGGCAAGGAGAAGCUGUUCUACGAGUCAGAGUUCGACUUCUUCACCAAGAUCACCGCCAUCUCGGGCGUGCUGAGGCACUUCCCAAAGGGCCCGGAGCGCAAACGCGCCUGCCUCUGCGAGCUGUCCAAGAUCAAGGUGGAGCAAGGGUCGUACCUGCCUUCCAGCCCCGAAGCCGUCAUCGUGGACAUCGACUACGCGUCUGGCGCGCCGAUGCAGAGCGCAGCCAAGGCGCCCUUCCGGGCAAAGUUCAAGGUGCGCAGCGUGGGCAUCGAGAAGGUGCAGGAGAUCGCCACCGCCGGAUACAAGGACCUGCGCGACGCCGGCUAUUUCACCGCCUCAGACCUGCGCAAGGAGCACUGGCAGGCUGCUAUCUUCAAGGUGGGCGACGACGUGCGGCAGGACAUGCUGGCGCUCCAGGUGAUAGCACUCUUCAAGCACGUCUUCUGCAUCGCGGGCAUCGAGGUGUACCUGUUCCCGUACCGCGUGGUGGCCACCUCGCCCGGCUGCGGCGUCAUCGAGUGCGUUCCGGACACCACGUCUCGGGACCAGCUGGGCCGACAGACGGACAUCGGCAUGUACGAGUACUUCCUGCAGAAGUACGGUGACGAAUCCACGCGCGGCUUCCAGGAGGCGCGAAGCAACUUCGUCAAGAGCAUGGCCGCCUACAGCGUCGCCAUGUUCCUCUUGCAGGUGAAAGAUCGCCACAACGGCAACCUGCUGCUGGACGACGACGGCCACAUCAUCCACAUCGACUUCGGCUUCCUCUUCGAGAGCUCUCCUGGCGGCAACAUCGGCUUCGAGCCGGACAUCAAGCUCACCGAGGAGAUGGUGAUGAUCAUGGGCGGCAAGCAGGAGGCCGAGCCCUUCAAGUGGUUCACCGAGCUGUGCGUGCGCUGCUUCCUGGCCGUGCGACCCUAUCGCGAGGACGUGGUCACCCUGGUCUCCCUGAUGCUGGACACCGGACUGCCCUGCUUCCGCGGGCAGACGGUACGCCUGCUGCGGCUGCGGUUCGCGCCGACGGCCACGGAGCGCGAGGCCGCGGCCUUCAUGAUCAAGAUCAUCAACGACUCGUACCUGAACAUCAGGACCAGGACCUACGACAUGAUCCAGUACUACCAGAACCAGAUCCCGUACUGAGGAUGGCCCCAGCAGGGAGGGACGUGCCUGUUGAGGGGGCGAGCAGUGUCAUCUACGAGACCGGACACAGUAAAGAUCUACCACGAAGGGAACCAGAGCAAGGGGGUGCAAGAAACUUGCGCCUGCCUUUGUUCUUGGACAAUGGCGGCCAUGGACACGCAGCUCUUUGCUGAUAGUCCCGGCUUGCUGCGAUUGCGGACAGUGGCCAGAGGUGAACCGCAACCUGGACGAGGGGACCUCUUGGCUUAGCGCGACAUGGAACAGUUCAAGGCGCUCCUGUGAGGAGGUACCAGCAUGUGGCACAACCACGACUAAAGUCUACCGGAGAAGCUCGGCUGGAGCGGCGCAAUGAACUUGGCGCUGAUUACAAUUAGCGGGCGUUGGCAUCGCCAUGGUGUCGCUCUUGGCGAGGAAUUGUGGCUUGCGAAAUUGACAUUCUCCGGAAAUGCAGCGAGGGCGUCUAGUACCACGGUGGGAACGAAGCCCACAACGUUGGUCGUAAAGUGAUGGAAGAGUAACGCCGCGUACGUAGUACAAAUUCGUCAGUGUGCCCCGUGGCUCAGUAAUUUAAUAACGAUAUUUUUGCUUUGAUUAUGUUGAAUAUAAGCAUUAUAUACUUACA